UUGUGUGGCUGGAAAUACUGCAAUGUAGUGAGAGUAGCUCGGUGGAGGUGGAAAAGGUCUGUUCGUGUGUCGGAGGAGUGUUGGCAAGGAAACCUUCACAUUUAGGACCUUUUUUCAGUGUUUUUCUUCGCUUUUGUGUGUUUAUUUUUUACUAAAGUCGUCACUGACUGUUAUUGUCAGUGUUUUUUAGUAGAAAAGGUUGCCGUUUUUAAGGAAGAAACUUUCCAAAGGAGUAACAACAAGCUAGGCUUGAGGAGGUGUACGUCAGGAUGGCCCAGUGGAACCAGUUACAGCAGCUGGAGACCAGGUAUCUGGAGCAGCUCUACCACUUAUACAGCGACAGCUUCCCCAUGGAGCUGCGGCAGUUCCUCGCCCCCUGGAUCGAGAGUCAGGACUGGGCUUACGCUGCCAAUAAGGAGUCACACGCCACGCUGGUGUUCCACAACCUCUUGGGAGAAAUAGACCAGCAGUAUAGCCGUUUCCUGCAGGAGAACAAUGUACUCUACCAGCACAACCUGCGCAGGAUUAAACAACAUCUGCAGAGCAAGUACUUGGAGAAGCCGAUGGACAUCGCCCGCAUUGUUGCCCGCUGUCUGUGGGAGGAGCAGCGACUGCUGCAGACCGCCACCACUGCUGUACAGGAUGGCCAAGCAGCACAUCCCACUGGGACAGUGGUGACAGAGAAGCAGCAGAUUCUGGAGCACAACCUCCAGGACAUCAGGAAGCGAGUGCAGGACAUGGAACAGAAGAUGAAAAUGCUUGAGAACUUGCAGGAUGACUUUGACUUCAAUUACAAGACAUUGAAAAGUCAAGGAGAGUUGUCCCAGGACCUUAAUGGGAAUAGCCAAGCAGCUGCUACCAGACAGAAGAUGGCUCAGCUUGAGCAGAUGCUGAGCGCCCUGGACCAGCUGAGAAGGCAAAUUGUGACAGAGAUGGGUGGCCUGCUGACCGCCAUGGAUUAUGUACAGAAGAACCUGACUGAUGAAGAACUAGCAGAUUGGAAGAGAAGGCAGCAAAUUGCCUGUAUUGGAGGUCCACCCAACAUCUGCCUGGACCGCCUCGAAACAUGGAUCACAUCCUUGGCUGAGUCCCAGCUCCAGAUUCGUCAGCAGAUCAAGAAGCUUGAGGAGCUUCAGCAGAAGGUGUCUUACAAAGGAGACCCCAUCAUCCAGCACCGGCCCGCCCUGGAGGAGAAGAUUGUGGAUUUGUUCAGAAACCUGAUGAAGAGUUCUUUUGUGGUCGAGAGGCAGCCUUGUAUGCCCAUGCAUCCAGACAGACCUCUGGUCAUAAAAACAGGAGUGCAGUUCACAAAUAAAGUGAGAUUACUGGUAAAGUUUCCUGAACUCAAUUACCAGUUGAAAAUUAAAGUUUGCAUUGACAAGGAAUCUGGGGAUGUGGCUGCAAUUCGAGGGUCACGAAAGUUUAACAUCCUCGGUACCAACACAAAAGUUAUGAACAUGGAAGAAUCCAACAAUGGCAGCCUGUCAGCAGAGUUUAAACACUUGACCCUGAGAGAACAGAGAUGUGGUAAUGGUGGCCGAACCAAUAGUGACGCCUCUCUGAUUGUCACUGAGGAGCUCCAUCUUAUCACUUUUGAGACAGAAGUCUAUCAUCAAGGCCUGAAGAUCGAUCUGGAGACUCAUUCUCUGCCUGUGGUCGUCAUUUCGAACAUCUGCCAGAUGCCCAACGCCUGGGCUUCCAUCCUGUGGUACAACAUGCUCACCAACCACCCAAAGAAUGUGAACUUCUUCACCAAGCCUCCGGUGGGGACAUGGGACCAGGUGGCUGAGGUCCUCAGCUGGCAGUUCUCCUCCACCACCAAGCGAGGCCUGACCAUUGAACAGCUCGGCACACUGGCUGAGAAAUUACUAGGGCCGUGUGUCAACUACUCCGGCUGUCAGAUCACUUGGGCCAAGUUCUGCAAGGAAAACAUGGCUGGCAAAGGCUUCUCCUUCUGGGUGUGGCUGGACAACAUCAUUGACCUGGUGAAGAAGUAUAUCCUGGCACUGUGGAAUGAAGGGUAUAUCAUGGGCUUCAUCAGUAAGGAGAGGGAGAGGGCCAUCCUUAGUCCAAAACCUCCCGGCACUUUUCUGCUGCGCUUCAGUGAGAGCAGCAAGGAGGGUGGCAUUACAUUUACAUGGGUAGAGAAAGACAUCAGUGGCAAGACCCAGAUGCAGUCAGUGGAGCCGUACACCAAGCAGCAGCUCAACAGCAUGUCCUUUGCCGACAUCAUCAUGGGCUACAAGAUCAUGGAUGCCACCAACAUCCUGGUUUCACCUCUCGUGUACCUCCACCCCGACAUCCCCAAGGAUGAAGCGUUUGGGAAAUACUGCAGGCCAGAAGCAGCUCCUGAGCCGGAGAUGGGAGGAGACUCUACGAAUACUAUUCAGCCAUACUUGAAAACAAAGUUCAUCUGCGUUACCCCGUGUCCCUCCGUGUUCAUGGACUUGCCGGACAGUGAUCUGCUUGGGAACUACAACACAAACUCUGGAAACACCAGUGACCUGUUCCCCAUGUCGCCCCGUACCCUCGACUCCCUGAUGCACAAUGAAACUGAAGCUAAUCCAGCACAUUUGGAGUCACUUACGUUGGACAUGGACGUAGCGUCACCAAUGUGAAGAGAUUUGUCAGGUUUUUCUUUGUUGGGAUUCGAUAUUGUGUUGUGCUAGAGGAUUGUAUGAUGAUUUAUUUUCUCCCUCUGUUCACACAAUCUGCCUGUACAGUUUGUUUCUUGUUCCUGUGUAAAAAAUAAUGACUCACUUUCACACUGAAUGACUUAGAUGUUCUUUUUAAAAGAGCAUUUCCACUCAUUUAGGUUCUGACUCGUAGCUCAGUGAGUAAAACUGUUGAUUGAUACUGACCUGUUGUACUUUAAGCAGCACCCUGCUCCCAUUCAGUACUUCCCCCAUCUCUGCAUAGAUGUCUUGAGUACCUUUUAAGUAUCUGGAAUUAUAUUUUUUGAGAACAUUAUAUUGACUUUUUAAAAUGGUUAUGAAUUCAUGCGUUCUUUUCUUUGAAUAAGAAAAUGUAAUAAUAAUAAUUGUUGUAUAAGCUAUGCCGCUAUGUAAUUGUAAUCCUUUUUAUUGUUCAGUCUCAUUUUUAAUCCCGGCCAAACGGUUUGUCACAGGUGUAGCGCAAUACCUUGGUUUCAUUUAAAGUUUCUGUUUCAUGGUAGCUUUUACUCCAAAUGGAAUAUUUCUUAUUUUUGAAGCGUUAAAAACUGCAAAGAGAGGAAAAGACAAGGAAUUUAAGACACUUCUGAGGCUAUUUUUCACGUGAGUUAUUUUCCCCUUAUAGUGUUGUGAGAAAUUACGUGAUAUAUAUAACCUGUAAAAGUGGUGCUCUGAAAUAGUUUGUGUCACUCCCACUAAAAUACUGUCAUUUGUGAUCAUGUGAAUUGCUCUUGCUUUUGAAAUCAGCAGUUUUAAUGUGUUUUGUUGUGCCUGAAUUCACCUGAUGCGAUCAGAUAUGUAAUGUAAAUCACUUUAUGAGAUGAGAUAUUUCUUAAGCAUCAUAGCACACAGUAAGAUGUGUCACAGUUGACUUUUAAUCUUUCAUACAGUUACAUAAACCCCAUCUGUUGAGUUGUCAUGCCAUGAAAUGUCAAGAGGAUUUCUGUAAAAUACGCCGUAACUAUUCACUUUUUGACAGGAGGCAAUAAAAACAAGUUAGCACUAAAAGUAAUCGUUUAA